GUUGGCAGGCACAGUGGACGUAGCACACACAGGAGUCUAUUUCAGUGAGCCAUUCACAUUUGGCACACAUACUAUAAAUCUGAUUAUUCUCCAUCGUCUCUCAGAAAGAGGGCUGAUUGCUGCCCAACUUACACACGCUUUGCUUCAGUUUUGAGUUGCAGCUCAAGGAGCCGUUCAGCGUUUAAAAAGCGCGGGAAUUGAACAAAACGAUGGCUGAACCGUGAAGGAAAUCGAAAAUCUCAUCCUCUCGAAGGCUGGGGUUGAAGAUAAGACUAUUGGCAGUGGCUGCUCAGAUGCUGCAGGAGGAGAAGGAGCAGAAGAUUCAGGAGAGAGAAGCUGCUCUGGCCGACAGAGUUCCUCUGUUAAAUAUGCCUGGUCUGUCAGUGCAGGAACUGCUGGAUCUUUGCAAAGAUUUGUAUCACAAGAUUGAUGUGGUGGAUGACGAGCGGUAUGAUAUUGGCCUGAAGGUGUCUAAAAAUGACUUUGAGAUUGACAACAUGAAUCUGAAGAUCAUUGAGAUUCAGAGUAAGUUCAAGAAGCCGACCCUGAAGCGAGUGAAGAUCUCAGCUGAAGCCAUGCUGAGCGUUCUGCUGGGCUCCAAACACAAAGAAACCAUCGACUUCAAGGCCAACCUCAAAACUGUCAAGAAGGAAGAGGAAAAGAAAGAGGAAGUGACUGACUGGCGUAAGAACGUGGAGUCCAUGUCCGGUAUGGAGGGCAGGAAGAAGCUGUUUAAUGCUGGCCAGUAGAAUCGCUGAACAUCAGUGUGAAGGUGUUUGGUGCUCUGAAAAGGUGGAACCAAGAGGGAACAUGAACACUUUUAAGAACACUUUUCUGUCACUAAACACUUUGUUUUGGUCGUGUGGCGACUGUUUGCUGCAGUUCUCCUCUGCAGCCUUGUGAUGGCAGCAUAACUCUUUAAACCGUCUCAGGGUACUCAGACACACACGCCUGGAUCAUCCAGCGAAGUGUGUUGACUGUUGAAGAAAUAUUGUUUGUUGCUGUUAACUCACCUCUGCUAGUUUGUUAUCUGCUGUGAUGAAUUGAUUUCAAGCUUGUCAGAUAUCUUAAAAAAUAUUAUGAUAAAAAGUUAUUAAAGAAAAUCUAUCUUGAAUGAUUGCAGUGCUCAUGUGUUAUCUUGAUCUUUGGUUAGUUUGUCUGAUACACACAUGAAACUUUUGAUGUUCUCUCAAUAAAGAAACAAACAAUCCUG